AUGACCCAAAGCAACCUGAACCUCCACGUGCUCAUUGUCGGGGCCGGCUUUGGCGGUCUCACAGCGGCCAUCGAGUGCCGUCUGCGAGGCAUGAAAGUCACCGUGGUUGAGACAUACCCGACAAGCUCCGAAUACGGCGACAUCAUUGAUUUCUUCGCCAACGGCGGGCGUAUCAUCGAAGCCUGGGACAAUGGCCGCGUUGGCCGUGAACUGAUGAAGGUGUGUAUCAACCAAGGCGACAAGUUCCAGUACUGCAGGGCCGACGGCACGGUGAUGUGGGAAGAGGAUUGGAUCCUCGAGCCUCACCACUUCUGGCGCCAGUAUGGUGGUCACCGAGGCCAGAUGCACACCAUCGUCUACAACUACGCCGUGGAGCUCGGUGUGGAAUUUAAGCUCGGUGACCGCGUUGUGCAGUACGUCGAUGGCGAGAAGCCGAGCGUCGUUACCUCCAGUGGGGCGACGUACGUUGCCGACGUUGUUGUCGCGGCUGAUGGCCCACGGUCCAUUGCGAGGCAGCAGGUUCUCGGACUCCCGGACACGACGGUCAAUAGUGGAUAUGCCAUCUUCCGUGCGCAAUUCAACUUGACCGACGACCAUAAAAAGAACCCGCUUCUCGCUCCCUUCUGCGAUCCUACCGCGGAUCUAACUAAGCUGUGGAUCACCAAGGACCUGCACAUGGUUGUCUACUCCUGGAUGAAGGGAACCAGUCUUGGCUGGGUCCUGACGCACAAGGACACGGAAGACAUUGGCGAGUCCUGGUCAUUCCCGGGAAAGAAGGAAGAUGUUCUUGCCUGUCUGACGGAAGGUGGUUUCGAGGAGAGGCUCCAUGAGAUAGUCAGGGCGACCCCGGCCCACAAGCUCGUUGAUUACAAGCUCGUAUGGAGAGAACCCCUGAAGACGUGGCUCAGCCCAUCCGCUCGCAUCACUUUGAUGGGAGACGCAGCCCAUUGCCACCUGCCCACCUCUGCUCAAGGUGGAGCUCAGGCCAUGGAAGAUGGCGUUGCUCUGGCUGUUUGCCUGCAGCGGGCCAAGGGAGAUGUACCCCUGGCCCUUCGCGUGUUUGAAAGGAUUCGCUUCAACCGCUCGCACGUCACGCACAUGGCAUCCAUUUCGGUUAGGGAUGGUUAUCACAACGCCGAUUUUGAUAGCGACUAUAUCAAGAAGAACCCGCAGAUCCUCAACUUGCCACGGCCUGAGUGGGUUCUUGAGUAUGAUAUUACGAGCGAGUCUGAAAAGCACUUUGAUCACUUGGCGGCCGAUGUAAAGAGCUACAAGCCAGGAUCUAUUGAGGAGUUGGCCCUUCCGGCUGGCGGUGACUACACCCUUGAGAGUCGAAAGGUCGGGAAGACGAAGCUGGCUGUCAGGUAA